AUGUUCAUGCAAUGCAAUCACUUCAUACGUACUGGCAUUUUGUGUCAUCAUAUUUUUGCUGUAUUGAAAAACAACCAUGUUGAAGAGAUUCUAGAGCAGUAUAUUCUAAGAAGAUGGAGAAGGGAUGCAAUUUCCAGCCAUUUGCUUGCCAUGAAAUAUGUUGCCAUGGAAACAGAAGAUGACACCUUUAAGCUUCUAACAGAGGCAUACAACAAUAUUGAAUACUGCUUGGAUCAUUUCAAAAGAAGCAAGGAGAAAUUGUUGGAAUUUGUUGAAAAAGCACAAGAAAUUAUUCGGAUGCUUGGAAUACGCAGCAUUCCUGAUGAAAUAAAUAUCCAUCCACCUUCAUCUAUACGUACCAAAGGUAGUGGAACUAAGAAAAGAAUGGUUAGUGCUAUUGAGAAAGCAGUUGCAACUGCAAAGAAAAAAACCAGAAUGUGCACAGGUUGCAAUCAAUAUGUUAACCAUAAUUGGAGGACUUGCAAAGUCAGACCUGCACGAGAGUCAAAACAAGCUUAA